GUUAGGUUGUUGUCGCGGUAAGGCCAGCAGCGUAGUUUAAUAGGGCCGACACCAAUGGCUUCGUAAUUGCCUUCCUUACUCAAUACACACAAUGGCCAGGGAAUGCAGGAAAACAUAUGAAGUUGAGGCUCUGUGUAAAGCAGCCGAGACUAUUGCUUCUAGCGGACUGAAACUUACUGCCAAGCUACUGCAUGAUGAAGUGUGCUCCGACACGCGCUUGAAGGGCUUGACGUAUAAACGUGUUCUCAACUUUUUGCAAUACAACAAAGCCGUGCAAAAGUAUAUCCGGCCUAGGCCCAACGCUACCACUCAGCCUUCGAAGAAGCGUGCAAAGUGGACUCCGGACGAUGAAGCAGCGUUUCAGGAAGCAGUGCUCACGCUACAAUCCACCAACAGAAAAGUAACAGCGGGCGCUGUCGUAAAAGAGUUGAAUGGAAGUGCUGCCACGUACCAUCAAGUGCACUACCGACUUCGGCAGUUGGCGAAAGCUCAGCGUCUUCUAUGUUCAUCAGAGGAUAAUGGAAACGUCAGCAACAAUAGCGGUGUGGAGGAUGGUGACAUUGAUGAAGAUGAACCCAGCACCGAGAACAGGGCAGAUGUGGAGGCAGAUGUGGAUUCCGAUGGCCUUGGGCUCCCGACCACCAGCACGCACUCGUGUGUCGAAGCUGCUGAGAAGGCGUGCAGAGAAGCGUUCUCCCAAACCUGCUCGUUCGCAUGCUGCUGCUGUGAGCGACGUCUGUUCAAGCAUUCAGUGGUGGAGGUCACGGAUACCAUGUAUGACACCCUCAGCGAAGUGUGGGCAACAAACCUUGCAGGAUGGGUAGCCCGAACUGGCAUAGGGCAUAUAUGCCAUACAUGCUUAAAUAGCAUCCGUAGGGAUCGCUGCCCGCGAUUCGCUGUAGACAAUGGGCUUGGAUUCCCGGAUGUGCCAGUCGAGCUUCAGGGCAUUCCAGAGCUAGCAGAAAGGCUCAUUGCUAGGCGGAUUAUUUUCCUCCAGUUAAGGAGGCUUCCUGCUGGGCAUCAACAUGGCCUCCGGGGAUCUGUUGUGAACGUCCCCGUUGACUUAACUCGCGUACAGCAGAUGCUGCCGCGGCACCUCGACGACAGCGAAACCGUACUGGUUGGCUUGAAACGCAAACUGCAGUACAAGCGGACCUUCAUGCGCCAGAUGAUCCAACCCCAAGCUGUCCUUGGCGCAUUACGGUACCUUGCGCGAACACCCCUCUACCAUGACGCUCACAUGGCAAAUGAGGAGGAAUGGCUUUCACAAUUUGACACUGGGCUCUCAGGUAGGAAGGGUACAUAUGCAAGUUAAGCGGG